CCGCGGCGCUGGGCGGGGAGAAGCGAGCGGCGGGGUUAUAGGGUCUCGGGGGCCGUGCUGUGCCUGCUGGAUGCUGUGUCGCGGCUGCUGGCGUGUCCUCGUGGGAGGUUGUGUACUGCAGGAGAGAAUUGCUGGAAAAUGUGAGCGCUUUGAACUGAGUUAUCUGGAAGAGCUGGCUGUGGUUACAGGACCAGGCUGUAUGUGGGGAAUCUCAGUGGGACAGCCUGAAGAUCAAAUUAGCAAUAGUUACUGCUUCUAGGAGUGUGAGCAUGUGCAAGAUUUAACACCAGGUCAAUUGCACUGUUUAAGAAUAUUAUCCUCUCCAGAGGUCAAAGAGUUCACAUAAGCCUGCCAUGAAUAUAAAUAAAAAUAUUCCUUAUUAAUUGCUCAGAAAGUAAGGAGAUUCUCGGAAGAAAAAUGAAAAAACAAGCUUCUGGUCACAGGGUAAUGAACCACAGAAAUAGAACUCUGGGAGAAGACAGUGAUGACAAAAAUCAAAGUUGCUCUGAAAAAGGUCACAGUGAAAAUGCCACUUAUAGUCAUGGAAGUUGCACUGUAAAACUUCCAGUAAUAGCAUCGUUUGCAGGUACUGCUAAAAAAAUUCCACCUCAGAAGCUAAGAGAUGGCGGAUCUAAUUUUUGCACCAGUAACUCCCCGGUCUUGUUGGAGAAGACAAAAACUGUUAGUAAAGUAAAGGAUAGAGCACGUAUGCUACAGGCGAAUCUCUACAACUUAAGGAAUGAUAAAGCUGAAAAAAUAGGUACUGUGAUUAAAGAUAGUGAUGAGUUUAGCUCUGCAGACUUAGAGAGAAAUGAAAACAUUCCCAGGAAGGGAAAAUUAACCAGGGAAAGCUGUAAGAAGAGAAGCAAAGAGAUUUCAAAACUAAAGCAGCAAGAUUUAUGUGUUGAAUUGGGACAAGUGCUGAGAAAAGGAAGCAAGCAGCCAAGUGUGAGGUCUGCUCAGGAACAGUUGGAAGAGGUAAGAGAUGUGACUAGACUAGACACUUCAAAAAUAUAUGAGAACUUCCAGCAGAGCAAACCUGAAGAACCUACUUCCACAGCAGCAUUGCCUGUGAAAGUAGUUGCAAGGAUUGUUGAUGAAAUAAUCGCUUCCCCGCAGUCUACUUCUCCAUCUUCCUCAGAACAGAUGAUCAAAGAACUCCUGGAGAGUGUUCUUGGCCAGAAAUGCAACAUAAAAAUGGAACAGGCCCCAGUUGAAUGUAAGGAAAUAAAAACUGAUUCUCAAGCUAGCAAGGAAAUCCUGCCAAGUUUUCACCAAGCAAGCCUGAUGCCAGUUGUUCAAAAAGAAUCUCAAGUAGCAGAAAAUGAAUCUCAGCCUACAGAUGAGCUGUUAACAUAUAAUAAGCAGGUGAAACAGGCUUCAUCCACAGAUGUGCUAAGGGUGGAAGGAAAAGCGAUAUCAAAAAUUAAACCAAAUGAGUUUCAGAAAGAUCUACAAGAGGAACACAACUUGCAACAGUGUUUGUCUUUCCUGCCCACUCAUGCUUCAAAUGUCAAACAGCAAAAUUAUUCAAGCAUUCAUCAUCUAUGUACUGCUUUUCCCGGAUUUAUGUUGCCUCCGUAUCUACAAAUGGCUUCGAGAAUUUAUCAUACUUCAAAUAGAAGAGGUCACAAUAUCUUGUUUACGGCAGAGGAUAUAGACAAUAGGCAGAAAGAAUCCAUAUAUUCUGAGUAUAUUUACUUGAAAGAACAAGCUGAAAAGAAAAGAAUUUGUUAUGAAGGAGUUCCUGCUUCAGAACUGUUUCAGAAUGAUCAGAAAGAUGGGAUUUGCUCUCUUCCACCUCAUACAUCACAAACGCUAGCUGAGUGGCAAAAAGCUGAUUGUAGUCUUAAAAAACCACAGCUUCAACUGGUAGGAGAGAAAGUUUCCAUUUAUCCAGAAGCUUUGAAAAUGUUUUGGGCUCCUGUUCCACCAAAGUUCUUUGCUCCAAUUUCUUCUAUGAAGGAAAUUUUAUUUCCUAAAUAUGAGAGCAACGUUAUUGAAGAUAUCACGUAUGAAGACUUCUUAAUUGAUUAUGAAGAAGAGUUAGAAACUGAGCAAGCUGAUCUUGAUUUGUAUGAUUAUUUGCCAACAGAAAAUCAGCUGAGAAGAUGCCAGUCUUUCUCACAUUUUUCUGACAGGGAGAGCUCAAAGAUAAAUUUGAUUAAAAGAUCAGCCUCUGCGCCGGAGAUGACUGCUUUCAAACAUGAUACUGUAUUGAAGAUGUCAGCUGAUUUCAAAACCAGUAUGAAAGAGUUGAAGUUUAUGAAGCAACAAAUAGCUGAGUCAAAGGUUGAGACUGAGACUGCGAACAGCUCCCCUGCCAAGCAUCUUUUGAACCAAGUCUGUGAUGAUUGCCACUCAAAGAUGACAAAUGCACCAGUGGAAAAAAUGCCUACUUUGACUGGACAAGAGGAUAGUGAGAAUACUGUACUUGCAAAGAGAGCUCAAAAGGCUGGAAUUAAAUAUGUUAUUGUCUCAAAAGGAAAGAGGAAGAAGAAAUCAAGGAAAGCAAUAAAUACUAGAAAAUUAGAAGCUGUGAUUAAGAAAUUAAAUGAACCUCCAAGAAUUCUUAAAAGGUCUGUGUCUCUAGGAAGACUUCUUAUUCAUAAUAAAUUCAUUAUCAAGGUGUCGCCAGCAAUCAAACUAUAUCAAAGCCCAAGCAUCCCUUGUUUGUUGGAUUUUCAAAAGUUUGCUAAAGUGAGGGGUGGAAUUCCAAAAGAAACUUCUGCUCGUGCGUGGGUCAGUGGAAUCUGGAGCUGCUGGUUUGAUGAGACAUUCCCUGCUUGUGGGACUGUUCCUGAGAAAGGUCCUGAAUUGCUAGAAGGAGCUAAGGCAGUUGGCUCUAAAGAAACAAAUCUACAAAUAGAACUAGUUGACUCAAUACAACCUGUUCUGCUUGAUGAUGCAGUAGUUAACACUGAAGAUUUAGAAGAAGAAGUAAGAAGACUGACUGAUCUAAUAGAAAAGGUUGAGCAUCCUUCAGCUUUUCAAUAUUGCAGGCGUGGAGCAAUACGAAGAAAGUUAGGCAAGCUAAAAUCAGCUAUGGAUGACUUGGAAAAAGCUAUAAGCUUAGAACCACUACUACUUGAUGCUUAUUGGCAUAGACAUUUGAUUUACCUCUUUCAAGACAAAUUCUCUGCUGCUUUAAAUGACCUGAAUUUCAUUACUAAAUGGAACAAAAAUAAAGCAGAUGCAUACCUGUCAAAGGCUGAAAUUUACAGAAAACAGGGUGAUAAUACAAUGGCAAUCAUCAAUUACAGCUCUGCAAUACAAUGCAACUCUACAGAUGAUGACAUGUAUUUCAGAAGAGCUGAGUUGUAUUUUGAGGAAAAUCAAUUGUUGUUGGCUGUAGAUGAUUAUGCCAAAUGUUUUCAGUGUAACCCAAAAAGAACAGAUGCACGUAUGAAACAUGGAAUAUAUUUCUUUGACCAUUCAAUUUUGACUACAGCUAUUCAGGAUUUUACAGCUGUGAUUAGAGAAGACCCUAGCAAUGCUCAAGCAAGGCUAUAUCGAGGAAGAGCAUAUGCUAAACAGAAGCAGUAUAGAAAUGCAGUACACGACUUGGCAGCAGCAAUUCAUCUAGACCCCUCUUGUUGGUUAGCAUUCUACUAUAGAGGUUGCAUCUUACGGGAGAUUGAUCCAAAAAGAGCUCUGCAGGACUUCAGUGUUUCUGUCCUCAUCAAUGACACUCAGGAGAAUUUUUCUGCUUUUCUUCAUCGUGGGGUCAUUUACUCAAAGCAACAGCAAUGGUCAUUUGCAAUCCGUGACUUUGAAAGCGUCAUAGCUUUGGACAGCUCUAUCAUCUCUGCUUACUUAAAUACUGGUUUGAUACUGCUGUUGCAUCUGGAUCAAUACUAUGAAGCAAUUCGGCAGUUUACUAAUGCUAUAAAAAUUGAUCCUCUCAAUGUUCAAGCCUACUUGUGUAGAGCACAAGCAUAUCACAAGAUUCAUAAUUUAUCACAUGCUGUGAAAGACAUAAAUCGAGUAAUUCAUCUUUACCCAGAUAAGUCAGAACUGCAGAUACUAAGGGGACAGUAUUUGUUGGAGUUGAGGAAAUAUGAGCUGGCAAGUUUAUGUAUUCAUCAACUUGCAAAAAUGAAUGAAGUGUCCUUUCAGUUUCAGCCUGUUCAGCAAGCACUCAUACAGUCAUUUUGUCAAAAUCACAGUAAAGCCAUCGAAUGCUUACGUGAAGCUGCUACAACUCAACCUGAGCCUUCAGUGUUUGUCCUCUUAGGAAAAAUGCAAAUGAAAGCUGAGAAAAUAGAGGAUGCUGUGGGAAGUUUUAAACAAGCUAUAAAUCUGCUGAUGACCUCAGAAAAAAUCCUUCCUCCUACAUUUGAAGCUGCAGAAAUGUAUUAUCUCAUGGGCUUGUGUUAUAUGGAACAAAUAAAUUUAUUAGAGGCCUGUGAUGCUUUUAGUAUGGCUAUCAGACUACAUUCAAGUUACCCUGAUGCUUUUUAUCAACGAGGGCUGUGUCGAAUGCAACUCGGACAAACAAAGUGCAUCCAAGACUUCAAUCAUACACUUGAACUUUGUCCAUCACAUUUCCAGGCAUAUAUGGGUCGUGCUGCUUACUAUGGAAGUAAAGGCAGAUAUUCUAAGGCAAUUAUGAAUUGUAAUGAAGCAAUCAAAAUUCAUCCCAACAGUGUAAAAGCUUAUUUUUACCGAGGAAUACUGAAGUAUCAAAAUAAGACAUUUAAAGCUGCAAUUGAGGAUCUUUCAAAAACUAUUGUCCUUGACAAUACCUGCAUUUUGGCAUAUUAUAACAGAGCAAUCUGUUAUCAUCAAAUAAAGAAUUUCAGAAAGGCUUUGAAAGAUUACGGAAUUUUUCUUCUGCAUGAGGAGCAUAAGGAAAUAGUUUUAAAAGUGUUCAUCAAUCGUGGACUACUCUACAUGGAACUUGGUGAUUACGCUAAUGCCUGUGAGGACUUGAAAGAAGCAGUGCUGCUUAGUCCAGGUGAUAGCCAGAUCUUUCAAGUUAUUGGAACCUGCCAUUAUCGACUUAAUGAGUUUGAAGACGCUGUGAGAUCAUUUAAUCAGGUUCUCAGACUAGAACCCAUUUCUGUGGAAGCCUAUAUUGGACGAGGAAAUUCAUAUAUGAAAAAAGGACAUGAGGCUAAUCUUGAACAGGCACAGAAAGAUUUCUUGAAAGCAAUUCACCUGAAUCCAAUGUGUAUGAAAGCCAGAAUUUGCUUGGGGUACAACUUGCAGGCCAUUGGAAAGCUCCAGAGUGCUUGGAACCAGUUAACAAUUGUCAUUGCUAUUGAUUCAAAAUGCAAUGCUGCAUAUGAAGGACGAGCUUCAGUGUCUCUUCAGAUGGGUGAAGUUUUUUCUGCGCUUCAAGACAUAAAUGCUGCAUUAAAGCUCACUACUACUGCUCCUCUGCUAACAAAUCGGGGUAUCAUCAAUCAGUUAAUGGGGCAUUUGUCCUGUGCCAUGAAGGACUAUCAACAGGCAAUUUCUGUUGACCCCACCUAUGCAUUAUCUUAUUUCUGUGCAGCAAAUAUCUACUUCCAUAAUCAUCAGUUUUCACAGGCUUAUUGCUAUUAUUCAGAGGUACUAAAUCUUGAACCAAGAAAUGAAUCUGCUAUCAUGAAUCGUGCUGUUACAAAUACAAUAUUAAGAAAUUUUGAAGAGGCAAAAGAAGACUUUGAGAAGGCAGUCUGCCUCUGUCCAUGCUCUGCAGCGGUGUAUUUUAACAGGGCAAACUUCUAUAAUGCAUUAAAGCAGUAUGAGCUAGCUGAGAAAGACAUUUCAACAGCAUUGUCAAUUCAGCCUAAUGAUGCCAUGAUGUACAGACUUAGAGCUGAUAUUCGUGCUAAAUUGGGUUUCAGUAGAGAAGCUAUAGAAGACUACAAGCAAGCAAUCAGCAUACAAGAACAGACUGACUACAUGUGAAAAGACAUUGGUUCUAUUUACGCAUUUCUCACACUUUAAUUAAAAAGUCCAGUGUGCAAGAAAUAUUUUAAUAUAUUUUAUACACAUUGUAUUUUCCUAACUACUAUAAUUACUUUGUUUCAGCCAGAGUUAUGAGAACAGACUGCCAUAUUUUAAUUGUUACAUGUUAUAAAUCGUUCUUUAUUUCUUAAUGGUUGAAAAAACAUUUUUUUGGUAAAUGAAAGUAGUAGUAAUUACAAACAAAAAGCUUGAAGUUCUGGUGACAGAAGGAUGAGAGAGAUAUGCUACCAACCAGUAUAAAUGCUUACAGUGAUGGCAGUUGUAUGUUGCCUGGACCAUCUAAGAAGUAAUGGUUUUAAGGUUGAUGGCUAUCAAAUGCUGGUAACUGCUAACUAGGUCUCACUUUUUACUUCAUUGUACUUCUACACCUCUUCAUAAUAUUCCCUGUCCCCUACCACUGGCAGUAGACAAUGUGUAACAUAUGCUGUUGUGGUGCAUGAGAACUACUCCAAGAAGUUGAAUUUGAGAGGAAGGUGUAAUUCAUCCUGAAAGCAAAGUUGAGAUCACUUUCUUCUGUGUAAAUGUAUUACAGUGUAUCAGCUUUGAAGAGCCACAUAAAAAGCCUGAGUAAUAGACCAUAGGUUUUGUUCUAAAUUUAUAAGAAUCAAUAGAUAUGGAGAUAUAAGUAUGAAUCAAUGUGAUCAACAUUAAAAAAAUGUCAGGCUCUGCUCACAUGCUAAAUUAAACCCCCUAGUUUUGGCAUACUAUAGAGAAGGAUGGAGCUAAAUUGUUGUCUUUGCCUUAGAAAAGUGAAGAAUUUUUUUUUAUUUUUUU